AUGUUUUACCUGGCAGCCGCUGUGUCUGAUUUCUACAUCCCCGCCUCGGAGAUGCCCGAACACAAGAUCCAGUCCUCAGAGGGGCCCCUGCAGAUCACGAUGAAGAUGGUGCCAAAAAUGCUGUCUCCUCUGGUCAAGGAGUGGGCCCCCGAGGCGUUUGUUAUUUCCUUUAAACUGGAGACAGAUCCCUUGAUCCUAAUCGAUAAAUCACGGCAGGCUCUGGAGAAAUAUCGUCACCAGGUGGUGGUAGCAAACGUCCUGGAAUCCCGGAGAACCUCUGUUAUUAUUGUAACCAAAGACUCACAGACUCCGUUAUCUCUUUCUGAUGAGGAAAUAGCUCAAGGCAUGGAAAUAGAGGAAAAAAUAGUGAGCUACCUUCAGAGCCAGCAUACUGCCUUUAUAGAGAGGAGAGUCUGA